AUGUCCACGGCUAAGAAUGCCGGUCCACUGUGGCGGUGGCCAUCCGGCGGCUGCGGUAGCGCCGCAGCGCCUCCAGGUGCCGCUGUUGCCCGACGAGGAGCGGCGCCGGAGCCGGAGCUCGGCCCCCGCAGGCUCCUCGCUCGCUCGUUCGGCGGCUGUCACAGAGGCGAGAGGCGGUGCAGCAGGACAAGCAGCCGCGUCCGAACCGGAGCGCAGAUCGCUGAUCUCCCACGGCUCCAAAGCUCGAGACCAACAGCGGCUGGAAGGGAGGGAGGGCACAAGGGGGAAGGAGGACUGCGGCGAGAGCCGCUCACAAUGGCCGACAGGCAGAAGUGGAUUCCGACCCGGAGGCAGCAGCGAUCAGCUGGGAGAGUGCUGCUGCUUCCCGCUGUGCUGCUCGGCUUCUGCUGCCAGGCGGCGCCGGAGCCUGUCCGCUACAUCAUCCCCGAGGAGCUGAGCAGAGGCUCUCUGGUGGGGCCGCUAGCGAGGGACCUGGGGCUGAGCCCGGCAGAUCUGCCGGCACGCAAGCUGCAUCUCAGCGCCGAGAAGCAAUACUUCAGCGUGAGCGGGGACACCGGCAACCUGUACGUGAGCGAGAGACUGGACCGGGAGGAGAUGUGCGGAGAGUCACCGACCUGCUCCAUCAGCUUCGAGGCGCUGGUGCACAACCCACUCAACGUUUUCCAUGUUGAGGUGGCCAUCCAAGACGUCAACGACCAUGCGCCGCGCUUCCUGCGAGACAGCUUCCAACUGGAAAUCAACGAGUUGACUUCUCCCGGCGCCCGCUUUGCCGUGGGAGCCGCCGAAGACGCGGACGUUGGCAGCAACUCCCUGCAGGGCUACGAGCUGGAGACCAACAAAUACUUUGAAGUAGAGAUGAAAGAGAAGCAGGACGGCAGCAAGUUCGCGGAGCUGGUGCUGCGCCGAGCGCUGGAUCGGGAGAGAGAGCAGAGCUUGCGGCUGGUGCUGACGGCGCUGGACGGCGGCGACCCGCCCCGCAGCGGCACCGCCCAGCUCUUUAUCAACGUCACUGAUGCGAACGACAACCCUCCCGUGUUUGCGCAGGACCGGUACCGAGUGAGCCUGCGCGAGGACUUGCCUCCGGGCUCCAUGGUGCUGAACGUCUCGGCCACCGACGCUGACGCCGGAAGUAACGCCCGCAUCACCUACGGCUUCGCGGAAAUGCCAGCCAAGGUGCUUCAGAAAUUUGUGGUGAACGAAGAGAGCGGGAUCAUCACGCUGCAGGAAGCGCUGGACUUCGAGGAGACUCGAAGCUACACACUGCUGGUGGAGGCGAAGGACGGGGGCGGUCAGGUGGCGCAUUGUGAAGCUGAGUUAGAGGUUCUGGACGUGAACGACAAUGCGCCCGACGUGAUUCUGACGUCGGUGUCGAGCCCCGUACCAGAAGAUGCUCCGGUUGGCACCGUGGUUGCUCUGGUGAAAGUGCGGGACCGAGACUCUGGUGACAACGGUCAGGUGCGGUGCGAGCUGUCAGGAGAGGCGCCACUGUCGCUCGUGGCGUCCUCGGGCGGCUCGUACAAGGUAGUGACGGCGAGCACGCUGGACCGGGAGCAGGCAGCCGAGCACAGAGUGACACUGGUGGCCAGGGACGGGGGCAGCCCGGUGCUGUCAAGCCAAGCGACGCGGGUGCUGGAGGUGUCAGACGUGAACGACAACGCGCCGGUGUUCGAGGAGGAGGUGUACAGCGCCUACGUGGCCGAGAACAACGCGGCGGGAGCGUCGGUGCUGCGCGUGCUGGCACGGGACGCGGACGCGGGUGCCAACGGGCGCAUCAGCUACUGGCUGGAGGGCGGCAGCGCGGACUCGGUAGCGCCGCCGGUGUCGGUGGAGGCGCAGAGCGGCGCGGUGUACGCGCAGCGCUCCUUGGACUACGAGCAGUGCCGCGAGUUCACGGUGACGGUGCGGGCGCAGGACGGCGGGGUGCCGGCGCGCAGCUCGACGGCCACGGUGCGCAUCUUCGUGCUGGACCGCAACGACAACGCGCCGCGGGUGCUGUGGCCGGCGGCAGCGUCGGCAGCAGGCGAGGCGCCGCCCUUCGAGGUGGUGCCGCGCACGGCCGAGGUGGGCUACCUGGUGGCCAAGGUGGUGGCGGUGGACGCGGACGCGGGGCGCAACGCCUGGCUGUCGUACGAGCUGCUGCAGGCGCCGGAGCCGGCGCUCUUCCGCCUGGGGCUGCACAGCGGCGAGGUGCGCACGGUGCGGGCCGUUUCGGAGCGCGACGCGGCCAAGCAGCGCCUGGUGGCGCUGGUGAAGGACCACGGGCAGCCGGCGCUGUCGGCCACGGCCACGCUGCACGUGGUGCUGGCCGAGAGCUUGCAGGAGGCGCUGCCGGAGCUGAGCGAGCGGCCGGCGGGCGCCGACUCGCCGGCCGAGCUGCAGUUCUACCUGGUGCUGGCGCUGGCUCUGCUCUCGGCGCUCUUCCUGCUCAGCCUGGGGCUGGCCCUGCUGGCGCGGCUGCGGAGGGCCGGGCCGCCCGCCGUCCUGCGCUGCCUGGGCGCGCAGCGCUUGUCUCUGGCGGGCGCCGCCUUCCCUGCGGACUUCUGCGAGGGCACCUUGCCCUACUCCUACAACCUGUGCGUGGCUCCGGGCCGCGCCCUGACCGAGGUCGCUUGGCCGCCGCCGCCGCUGCCCGUAGAGGAGCUUCUGGGCGGUGACUCCUGCGUGAAUCCGAGCUCAAAUAACACCACAGUCGCGGAAGACCUUCCCGCGAACCCCGACGCACCGCAGGUCGUUUACUACUGCUCAGAUACUUCAGUGAAACAUUGCUCUGCUAUCAUCCGGUUCAAAGCUAGAGAGAUUGAUGGAGGCAACAGCCAGUCGUGCUUUCGUAGUUCCGGCAGGAAGCUGCGGGUGCCGCUGUUGACCGAGCAGGAGCCAGAGGAAGCCGAAGCGCUUCAGGCAGCCCCGCCCGCUGCGGCCCAAGUCGCUCGCUGGCUGGCUCGGAGUCGGAGCGGUCUGCGAGCGUCCCCGCGGUGCGGAGCCGAGCUGCAGCGAGCCGGGGUGGGGUAG